GAGAGAGAGAGAGAGAGAGAGAGAGAGAGAGGGAGAGAGAGAGAGGGAGGACACUGACUGACUGAUCAGCUUUCUGACUCCAACCCCCCCAACACAUCUUCUGAUCAAGCUGCAGCAGUGACUUCAGGAGAAGAAACUCACACACAAGGUUUUUUGUCGUUGUCUUGUCUCCUGUUCACCACCUGUUGUCCUGUAGUCAGGUGUGUUGUUCUAGAGCUUCAUGAUGCAGAAGAUGCAGAGCCAGAUGAUGCAGAACCAAAUGAUGCAGACCCAGACGAUGCAGAACCAGACGAUGCAGAACCAGACGAUGCAGAGCCAGAUGAUGCAGACAUCUGUAGACUAUAAUAAUGGAUACACGAUGCAGACAUCUGUAGACUAUAAUAAUGGAUACACGAUGCAGAUGCAGGAACAGCAGAAUAAUGACUACACCAUCCAGGAUGAUGAGUGGGACAGAGACCUGCUCCUGGACCCUGCCUGGGAGAAACAGCAGAGAAAGACUUUCACAGCCUGGUGCAACUCUCACCUGAGGAAGGCUGGGACUGGGAUUGAAAACAUCGAGGAGGACUUCAGGAACGGACUGAAACUCAUGCUGCUGCUGGAAGUCAUUUCUGGUGAAAGACUUCCUAAACCAGACAGAGGGAAAAUGCGCUUCCACAAAAUAGCCAACGUCAACAAAGCUCUGGAGUACAUAACCAGCAAAGGAGUCAAGCUGGUCUCCAUUGGAGCUGAAGAGAUUGUGGACGGCAACAUUAAGAUGACUCUGGGAAUGAUCUGGACCAUCAUUCUACGCUUCGCCAUCCAGGACAUCUCAGUGGAAGAAACCUCUGCCAAGGAAGGUCUUCUUCUAUGGUGCCAGAGAAAGACUGCCCCCUACAGGAAUGUCAAUGUGCAGAACUUCCAUGUCAACUGGAAGGACGGCCUUGCGUUGUGCGCCCUGAUACACAGACACCGUCCUGACCUCAUCGACUAUGCCAAGCUCAACAAGGAUGACCCUCUGGGUAAUCUGAACCUAGCCUUUGAUGUGGCGGAGAAAUACCUGGACAUCCCCAAGAUGUUGGACGCUGAAGACAUCAUCAACAGCCCCAAGCCCGAUGAGAGAGCUAUCAUGACCUAUGUCUCCUGUUUCUACCAUGCUUUUGCUGGAGCAGAGCAGGCGGAGACAGCAGCUAACCGUAUCUGUACAAUUCUGGGGGUCAACCAGGAGAAUGAGAGCCUCAUGGAGGAAUAUGAGAAACUGGCCAGUCAGCUGUUGGAGUGGAUCCGUCGUAUGACCCCCUGGCUAGAGAACAAGUCCCCGGAGACGACCAUGGCUGCUAUGCGUGGUAAACUGGAGGACUUCAGAGACUACCGUAGACAACACAAACCCCCCAAGGUGCAGGAGAAGUGUCAGCUGGAGAUCAACUUCAACACCCUGCAGACCAAGCUGAGGAUCUCCAACAGGCCUGCCUUCAUGCCCUCUGAGGGACGCAUGGUCUCAGACAUCACCAGUGCGUGGACAGGCCUGGAACAGGCAGAGAAGGGCUAUGAGGAGUGGCUGCUGAUAGAGAUCAGGAGGCUGGAGCGUCUCAACCACCUGGCUGAGAAGUUUCAGAUGAAGGCUACUUCCCACCAGGGCUGGUCUGUAGGUAAGGACAGUGUGCUGUCUCAGAAGGACUACGAGUCCUGCUCUCUGACGGAGGUGAGAGCUCUGCUCAGGAAACACGAGGCCUUUGAGAGCGACCUGGCUGCUCACCAGGACAGAGUGGAACAGAUCGCUGCCAUCGCACAGGAAUUAAAUGAGCUGGACUACCAUGCUGCCUCCUCUAUCAACGAGCGCUGCCAGGGAAUUUGUGACCAAUGGGACCAGCUGGGAACCCUCACCCAGAAGAGGAGGGAGAACCUGGAGAGGACGGAGAAGCUGCUGGAGACCAUCGACCAGCUGUUCCUGGAGUUCUCUAAGAGGUCAGCUCCCUUUAACAACUGGAUGGAAGGAGCCAUGGAAGACCUGCAAGACAUGUUUAUAGUUCACACUGUGGAUGACAUCCAGAGCCUGAUCUCAGCCCAUGACCAGUUCAAGGCCACCCUUCCGGAGGCUGACUGUGAGAGACAGGCCAUCCUGAGCAUCUACACGGAGGUGCAGAAGAUAGCCCAGAGCUACGGCAUCUCCCCCAACCUCACCAACCCCUACAGUGACAUCACACCGACGGAGAUAGGACUCAAAUGGGACAAGGUGAAGAAGCUGGUUCCCCAGAGAAACAGUAUUCUCCAGGAGGAACUAGCCAGACAGCACGCCAACGAACGUCUCAGACGCCAGUUUGCUGCCCAGGCCAACAUCAUCGGACCGUGGAUCCAGACCAGGAUGGAGGAGAUCGGUCGUAGUUCCGUCGACAUCGGAGGUUCUCUGGAGGACCAGAUGAGUCAGCUGAAGCAGUUUGAACAGGUCAUCAUCAACUACAAGUCCAACAUCGACAAGCUAGAGGGAGACCAUCAACACAUCCAAGAGUCCCUGGUGUUCGACAACAAACACACCAACUACACCAUGGAGCAUAUCCGUGUGGGUUGGGAGCAGCUGUUGACCACCAUCGCUAGAACCAUCAAUGAGAUCGAGACCCAGAUUCUGACGCGCGACGCUAAAGGCAUCAGCCAGCAACAGAUGAACGAGUUCCGCCAGUCUUUCACUCACUUUGACAGGAAGAAGAAAGGAGGCAUGGAAACAGAUGACUUCAGAGCCUGUCUGAUCUCCAUGGGCUAUGAUCUGGGAGAGUCUGAGUUUGCCCGCAUAAUGUCUCUAGUGGAUCCCAAUGGGUCCAACAAGGUGACCUUCCAGACCUUUGUUGACUUCAUGACUAGAGAGACGUCCGACUCAGACACCUCAGAGCAGGUCCUCGCCUCCUUCAAGAUCCUGGCUGCUGAUAAGCCCUUCAUCCUGCUGGAGGAGCUGCGUAGAGAGCUGCCCCCAGAGCAGGCAGAGUACUGUAUCUCCAGGAUGCCCCUGUACAAUGGGCCUGACGGGGUCCCAGGGGCUCUGGAUUACACUGCCUUCUCCACGGCCCUCUAUGGGGAGAGCGACCUCUAGCUUCACACACCAGAAAUGCACCCUGACCUUGUAUCAGUCUCGCCCCAUUUUGUUCCACACAUUUACGUCUAAAUUGAUUCGUAUUUUGACCGGUACUAAAAGGGAGUUAUUUUUGAGAAAUUACAAAGCAUUUUAAAGCCAUUUCAUGAGUGUAUGAUUUUUAAAGAGUAGGGAGAAAUAUGUAUUUAAAAAGGACUGAGCAGGAUUCAUUCACGAGAUUAAGAAAAAAUUAUGACUCAGUAAAUGUGAAAUUUACAUGUGAGUCACAAAAAAGUAACUCACUCAUAAAAAGUAACUCACUCAUAAAAAGUAACUUACACAUUAAAGUAACUUACACAUUAAAGUAACUUGCAUAUCAAAAGUAACUGACACAUAAGAAGUAAUUUACACAUAAGAAGCGCUACUAAGUUAUUUGCUAGUCACCUAUGGAGACCUAAAGAUGUGAAUUUAUGAGAAGCUUGUAUUAGUACAUAAAAAACAGGCUACAUUAUAAUCCCCCCCAGGCUACAUUAUAAUCCCCCCCAGGCUGCAUUAUAAUCCCACCCAGGCUACAUUAUAAUUCACCCAGG